AUGAAUCCAGAGGGGGUUAAUGCCAUUGAAUCUGAACAUUUGUCGGAGCUGACAGAGGAAGAGUAUGAAGCUCAGAUUUUUCAGAAGCAGGAUCUGAAGGGUUUCCUGUGGCUUGACGCCAAGUAUCUGAACCCUUUCUUCACCCGUAGACUCACACAAGAGGAUCUGCUGCAUGGGCGGAUUCAGAUGAAAACCCUCACUAAUAAGUGGUAUGAGGAGGUGCGGCAGGGUCCGUCAGGCUCUGAGGAUGAGGACGAUGAGGCAGAACUGCUCUGAGACAGUCAUAUGAGGAGAGAUGUGACUGAGUUAGAACCCAGACGAGCCCAAUAUCCGGACUCUACUGCAUUAUGAUGGACUCGCAAAGAACUCCAAGAUUGGAGAUCUUCACAGCUAAAUGAGGAAAAGAAUAGGAGUAUGUGGUAAAAAAGCCUGGGGUUGUUUCUGGUUGUGAUCAGGCCCUAGAAGAAAACACUGAUAAAAAAAAUAAAGUGGAAGGCUGAAGAGAAUCUGACGCACAAAGCAAAAAAAUAAACAGCAAUAUUGGACACCUUUCUCAAUUUUUUUAAUUGGAUAAAACACCGUAAUGUAACACGUGAUUCUUGUGCUACUUUUUCUGGAGGGUUUUGUUUCUCACACACACAUACAGGAAAAUGACACCAAUGAAUGUUUGUGUUUGGAAUUAAUUUAACAAACGUGACCUUUUUUCUUUUUAUUAAAUAUUUAUUUGUGUUGUGUUUUUAAAUGGGAGAAAAAGUAUUUUAGAAUGUUUCUCGACACUAUUUUGUAGCAGACUUGAGUUUAUAAUUUAUUCUAAUGAAAUUGUGAAUGAAGGAAUUCUGUCUGUGCAUAAUUAAUGUGUUGUUAUGCACAAAGCUGUAGUGGGAAAGUGGCAAAAAACAUGAAUAAAUGAUGGAUUAUGAA